GAGGAAGCGGAGUAAAUACUAAAUGAUUUAGCAGAGUGACGUACAUGUUCGUACCACCCAGUGCUGUCUCUGUGAGGGAGCGGAGUAAACACUAAAUGAUUCAGCAGUGUGACGUGUUUGUACCACCCGGUCUUUAUCCCAGAGUUGCAUCAAACACGGCGUGUUGGGUGGCGCUGAGAGGAAGGCAGCUGCAGCGCACGAUGCACAGCCAUAGUGCCUGACGAGGCAGGCAUCAUGACAUCAGGUCAAGCUAUGUUUAGGGUUGGGACAUUCCUGAUCAGAACAACAUUGAUACUUGCUAACCUGCCAGCACAAACCAAGGGAUAUGUGACACCGGCAAGUCCCACUGGGUGCGGGGGAAACUUAACGGCACCUUCUGGAGGUCCUAUAACAUCCCCGAACUACCCUAGUCCCUAUGGCAACAACGAAAACUGUGAGUGGUUAAUCACCGUCCCAGCAGGAAAUACGAUAGUCCUCAUGUUUAAAAGGGGUCAACAACUUGAGGAAGGAAGCGACUUUUUGAGCAUAUACGAUGGGGCCAGUGAUAGCGCUGUGGAGUUACACAGGAUAACAGGUCGAGAUUCUGUCAUAAAUGUUCCCAGCACAUCUAACACGAUGUUCCUGAGAUUUACAUCUGACAAGGAUUUACCACAAAGAGGGUUCAAGUUCGACUACAUAAGUCGAACACUUAACGACUCUGCUCAAAAUGAAUGUGGUGGCUACAGAUCAGGGCAAUCUGGGGAGAUUUUAUCCCCAAACCAUCCUGGAUCCUACGACAACAACCUGGUCUGUACGUGGACAAUAGUGGUCAACCCAAGAGGAUAUAUAAGGCUUAAACCUAAGAUUUUUAUCCUUGAAAGACAGCGUGACUACUUAAGAGUCUACGACGGUGGUCUUGGAUUCAACGGCAUACUACUAGGAAGUUACACUGAGGACGUCAUCCCUGAUGAAAUCAUUUCCGCAUCCAACAUUAUGUCGCUUGUCCUCACAACUGACUUUCAUCAGGGCUAUACCGGUUUCAAGAUUCGCUUUGAAGAAUUAUUUUUACCGGAGGGUGAAUGCGCGGACCCUGGCUUUCCAAAAAACGGCUACAAGAACGGAGACAACUUCACUGUAGGGUCGGUUGUGACUUUCGGCUGCAAUGACGGUUUCACUCUAAGAGGUCGAAGGAACCUCACCUGUCUAACUGCCGGUGUACGUGGCUGGGACACUAAUGACUUACCGGUUUGUAAAGCUCUAUGUGGUGUCCACAUCACCGGGCGACGGUUUGGAGUAGUUUAUUCUCCUUUCUAUCCCGAUGCUUACGGCGGCAGCAUGAACUGCACCUGGACCAUAGAGGUCGAAUCCGGAAGGGUGAAACUCACUCCGGAAAUGUUCUCUGUACAUAAAGCCUGGCAGACAGCCUGGCAGUCUACGACGGAAACGGCAGCGUUUUGGGAAAGUACACUGGUAUGUGCAAUGAACACUUCACUGCUUAAUGUUCACUUAGAAACACAAUAAAGCAUUAGAAUGAUGCCUAU